AUGCCGGCGAUGUCACUCCGCAGCACUUCACUACUCCAAAGGGCCCCCCUCCGCGUCGCGGGGACUAGCCGACGCUGGCCGAGCUCUCCGAGCUUCCCAAAUUCUGUCAGAUUCAUCUCAGCAACAGCACAUCGGAACAAGACAUGGGGUUUUAUCGGGCUGGGACAAAUGGGCUACAACAUGGCCAAGAAUCUUUAUGCGAAGAUUCCUGCUUCGGAUACAAUGAUCAUUCGCGACGUCAAUGAGGCCGCAGCAACGCAGUUCGUUGCCGAAGCGCAGGAAACAGCCCAUAGUGGAGCGAAUGCUGUUCAAGGACGGAUUGAAAUAGCUAAGAAUGCGCGAGAGGUUGCUGAGAAGUCGACUGUUAUGAUCACCAGUCUUCCAGAGUCCAAGCACGUCAUCGAAGUAUAUCACUCAAUUCUGAAGGAAGGAAAACUUCCCGAACUUGAUGAGGAGCGCCUGUUCAUCGAUACGUCCACGAUCGACCCUGUCACAUCGAAAGACAUCGCCAAUGCCAUUCAUAGUACAAAAUUCGGCCGCUUUGUCGACGCCCCUGUCUCCGGCGGCGUUGUUGGCGCUCGUGCGGGAACAUUGUCGUUCAUGUUCGGCGCUUCCUCGCAAACAGAAGAGCUGCUAGAGCGAGUACGUGGUGUUCUCGCCUUGAUGGGCAAAAAGGCCUGGCAUCUCGGUGAGCCAGGAGCUGGGGUUUCCGGAAAAUUGGCCAACAACUACAUGCUUGCCAUUAAUAACAUUGCCACCGCGGAGGCAAUGAACUUGGGCAUUCGGUGGGGUCUCGACCCCAAGAAUUUAGCCGAUAUGAUCAACUCCUCAACCGGACGGUGCUGGCCUUCAGAAGUCAAUAACCCCGUACCGGGAGUUGUAGAGACCGCACCCGCCUCUCGAGGCUAUGAGGGUGGAUUUGGAGUAAGCCUGAUGAACAAAGACCUGCGUUUGGCACUCGCUGCAGCCGAGAGCUCAAAUACUCCUUUGGUUCUUGGAAGCUCAGCUCGGGAGGUUUACAAUGCCGUGGAAGAAGCCCAUCGUGGCAAGGACUUUUCUGUUGUUUAUCAAUGGCUGAAGGGCAAGUCGAAGCCCCAAUAG